CGCUUCCCUUUCUCUGUGUUUCCAUCCUACUUUAUUCCUCUCUUCCGCCAAAAACCGCCGUAAUCGACCAACUUUCUGAUUCGAUCGCCGCUGACCUUCGUGAUUUACGGCCGUCGCAUACCUCCCUACCUUUCUAUUCUUCCGGAUCCCUCAACCGCGCGCCUUCGCCGUAACAUGCUCCAGAACGUCGAGGACGCCUACACGCUCUACGAGAACCCGGCCACGACUUUACUCUACCUCCUUUCCAAUCAUCUCAUCCUAUCCCACACAGCGCCUCACCUCUCUGCCCAUGAUCGCCUGAACCUUGCGUCCACAAGCCGAGGAUUCCGAGAACUCCUCAAGCACACCUCCGGUGUAUUCAGGCAUCUUGACCUUACCCAAGUCCGCUGUGCGCAAUUUGACAUCGAUGGCGUCGACCGUGGAGGCCAAGUCUGGCGCAACGUCCAGCUCGACGAGAACUUGGCCGAAGAUGACUUCUACUCGGGCCCGCUGAGAGGCAUCUUUUCCAACAUUCGUGCACAGCACAUCCUCCAGGACGUGCAGACGCUGAUCCUCGAUGGCCUGUCCGUGACGGCCGAGCUUUGCCACGAAAUCAUUCUCGACCCGGCCUACAGCGUGCGCCUCCUCUCCAUCCGCGGCGUCAAGAACCUCAAUGAGCGCAAGCUUUGCGGCUCUCUUCAAUAUGCCUGCAGACCGUCACGGCCAGAAGGCACGCCCCGACUAAAAGGCCUGUACGUCUUUGGUGCCAAACACACUCCGCUGCUGUCAACAACGGCGCCGGGCAUCGCGUCUAGCGCAACUUCACACGCACCGCCGAUCAGUGCAGGAUGGAACGCCAAGUCGCAGCAGGCGUUGACCUCCUCCCUGCGCACCGAGGGAGAGGACUGGUAUCAGAAAAAGGGCCGCAUCAUUGCGCGUCCCUUGGUGGACGAAUGGGCCAAUACCCUGGUAGAUUGCCAUGGCAUCAUCGCAUUCGAUGCUCUGGCUUGUACCGGUCCCCACCACAUGAACUCGCCCGCGUACGCCAAGGUGAGGGUCCCGCCCGCAGCUCGGCACUGGGCCGUGGCCACAAUCGCAUUGGGUGGUUGCGCCGGAUGCGGCGCUGCGCCAGAAGGCAUGACGGUCCACAACGGCACGCCUGCCAUCCAACGCCCACUAUUGGCGCCCCCACCACUCACGACGUCUUCGGUCAAGGCCGCGACCACACCGUUCAUCGGCCUGGGAUCGAAUUCGUCCUUCGUUGCACGAUGCGUCGACUGCCUCCGAGAGCGAUACUGCGCUGGUUGCCACAAGUGGUGGUGCGAGGAAUGCUACCAGACGCCCGGCGCCGUGACCGAGCUGGCCGACACGGACGUGGUCGUCGUGGACGCUGAGGGCGGUGCCUGGGUCCAGCAUCAGGAGCAUGAGAGUCAUCCCAAGAUCAAGGUACGAAACGGCGCCUGCUUCCCGAAAUGCCCCAUGGGCGAGGUCAUCGACGCGCAGAGGGUGUUGCUGGACUGAUCAUCGGACGUUCCCCGCCGUCUGAUCACGCCGCCUGCUCAAAGUGUAUGCCACAAUGCUGUCCAUGUUUCUCGUUCUCCGUCGAACCCCCUAUCUUGUUCACCUGCGAAACUUUGCGUAUUUUUUGGAGAGCCAAAGUUGCUAAGAAGAGAACACAGGCUCGUAUUACCAAAAGCUGCUGGGAAUGCGGUAGCAACUGUCAAGAUUGCAUCGAACGCACCCAGAGGCUCUGCAGAGGCUGCUGCGGCGGAUAUUGCAUGAUUCACAAUGAGGGAUCGACCUCAACUUUUGUAAGGCUGCCGCCUCUUACCAACGUACCUCGUGGUCUCGC